AAAUACGAUAGGGUUUGAGAAAAUAAUCAAGUUAAAAAGUAGUAGGUCUAUAAUCUUCAACUUCAGCAAUAUAUCAACUAAGAAAAUUUAUUGAAAAUGGGAAAACGAGAUGCAAUGUUUGACACUGUAAUGCAGUCCGUUGGAAAUAAUGGACCAUUUCAGAAAAGAUUCAAUUAUUUGUACAAUCUAAUAUUUGCAAUUGUAGCAGCCAUGCCUUGUAUGAAUAUUAUUUUGGCCUUAUCUGUACCAGAUCACUGGUGUCAUGUUCCCGGAAGAGAAUUUACAAAUUAUACUAUAGACGAAUGGAAGAAUCUCACUUUACCAAAAGAAAUCAAUAAUAAAGGUAUAGAAGCUCCAAGUUCCUGUAAAAUGUACAAUAUCACAGAUGCUAGUGACCUCCAUCUGGAUUAUAAUUAUUCAAUAACAAAGUGCAUUUACGGCUAUGAAUAUGAUACCAGGUGGUAUGAGCUCACGAUACCUUCUCAAGAAGAUUGGGUUUGCGACAAAGCUCUUCGAGUCACCAACAUGUUUUGUGGUUGCUAG